AUGUUCGAGGCCAAGCUCAUCCAGGGCAACCUGAUCAAGAAGAUCAUGGAGGGCCUGAAGGACUUGGUGACGGAGGCAAACUUCGACCUCAGUCCGGGCGGCGUCUCCCUUCAGGCCAUGGACUCCUCCCACGUGGCGCUCGUGGCGCUCAUGCUCCGCGGCGACGCUUUCGAAAACUACAGAUGCGAUAGGCCCAGGAGCAUAGGGAUGAAUCUUGUGAACCUCUCCAAAGUGCUGAAAUGUGCCGGAAAUGACGACACGAUGACGCUGAAGGCAGACGACACGCAGAACAACAUCACUCUUGUCUUCGAAAGCCAGGCGGAAGACAAGUACGCCGAGGUGCAAAUGGAGCUGAUGGACAUCGACAGCGAACACCUUGGCAUACCUGACAACACCUAUGACGCUAUUGUGAAGAUGCCCUCCGCGCAGUUUUCCCAGAUCGUGAAGGAUCUCAGCAGCAUCGGCGACACAGUGACGGUGUCUGUGACGAAGGAUGGCAUCACCUUCUCAACAUCUGGGGACGUCGGCACUGCCCACAUUACCUGCAAGCAAAAUACGUCCAUGGAGAAGGAGGCCGACCACACCACUGUCAACCUGGAACACCCUGUGACGCUCACCUUCGCCCUUCGGUACUUCGUGACGUUUGCCAAGAGCACGUCCCUUUCGCACCAAAUGUCCAUCAGCCUAUCCAAGGAGUUGCCCGUCAUGGUGGAGUACGCCAUGGGAGACAUGGGCCACAUCAGGUUCUACCUGGCGCCCAAGAUCGACGAUGAGGAGAGCAUGGAUGACAGCUAG